AUGACGAACCUGCUAACCCUCCUCAGCCUCUGGGCCCUGGCCCUCGCGUCCCUCGCCCUGGGCGCGGAGCCCGUGCCUCGCGCGACCUUCACCGAGGUGACCAACUACGGCAGCAACCCGACGGGGGCGCGGAUGUGGCUGUACGUGCCCAAGAACCUCGCCGCCAAGCCCGCCGUCGUCGUCGGCAUCCACUGGUGCAGCGGCAGCGCCCAGGCCUACUACCAGGGCAGCCAGUGGGCGCGGUACUCGGAGACGUACGGCUUCGUGGUCGUCUACCCGCAGACGCCGUACACGCGCGACAACUGCUGGGACGUGGCCAGCAAGAUGACGCUCACGCAUGGCGGUGGCGGCGCGAGUAAUUCUAUUGCUAACAUGGUCGACUUUGUGGCUACGCAGUACGGCGCGGACAGGGGCCGGGUGUUUGCUACGGGGAUAUCGUCUGGUGCUAUGAUGACGAACGUCCUGGCCGCAACAUAUCCGGACGUCUUCGCGGCGGGCAUCGCCUACGCGGGCGUCCCCGCGGGCUGCUUCAUGAGCGCCGACGACAUCCCGGACUUCUGGAACUCGACGUGCUCGACGGGCCAGUCCGUCUGGACGCAGCAGUGGACAAACGUCGUGAAGAACAUGUACCCGGGUUAUACUGGCUCCCGGCCCAAGAUGCAGAUAUACCACGGAAGCGCAGACGAGACUCUAAACGUCCAGAAUUACUACGAGACCAUCAAGCAGUGGACUGGUGUCUUUGGGUACUCGACCACCGCUGUUUCGACCACGGCGAACUACCCGCGGAGCCCGUACACUAAGCUUUUCUGGGCACUGGCGUCACCCACUCUAUUUGAUGUGUUCCCGGAGGAAGAUCUCAAGUGGUUUGGUUUUACGACGCCAGUGAGCCCAACGUCAGCGCCGGGAACACCUACCACCACGAGCCAGGCGUCUACAACCACCUCCUCGGCCAGUUCGACGACUACGGCUGCUGGAGGCUCGGGAACCGCGCCACACUGGGCCCAGUGUGGUGGGAAUGGCUGGACGGGGGCGACAGCGUGCGCGAGCCCGUACACCUGCGUCAAGGUGAACGACGGGUAUUUCCAGUGCCAGUAG